AUGAGCACCACCUCAACCCAAAUUCUCCACCAUGCCACCAUCUUCAUCUCUGAAAUCCUCUCCCAAUCCGAGCUCCGCCACUUCCUCCUCUCUGCCCUCUGCUGCAAAAUCCCACCACGUGACCAAAACACCGUGAGCCUCGCGGCGGAGUCUCUUGAAAACGCAAUUUCCACCACCACCCCAGCCAUUCGAUCCUCCUGUCUCCGCCUCACCGAACAACUCCUCCUCUCCAACCCUGAAAACCCCUUCUCCUUGUUUCUCCUUUCCCUCAUCUACAGCCUCUGUGACCAACCCAUCAACGCGGCUCUUAGUCUCCUCCAUAUAUUCCAGAUCGACCCUUCAUUGGCUCGCUCGGAGAUUGCACCGGUUCUCUUCGAGGAGCUAUUCUUGGUCCAUCUUCUCCCCGUUCUCCAAUGGUUCAACGAACAAAGAUCCGCCAUUUUGUCGUCUUCAACCUCGAACUCAGACUACAGCAAUGAAGUCUUGUUAUUCGAUGAUGAUCAGUCGGUGGUUCUUCCCUGCACAAAAGUGUUGUCGAAGAUGAGCGAGGGUCAAGCAUUGGAGCUGAAGGAGUUGGAGAGCAACUUCGAGGAGGUUCUUGACGAGAACUGCCGAGUUCUUGUGAAGUACUUUAAUAGAGUUUUAGAAAAUACAGGUGGCAAUAAACCGAUAGCUAUUCCGCCAUUGAAGUUGAAAAACCAUGAAAAAGGUGGAAAAAUCAAGCACAGGGACGCCGAGAAGAUCAAAACCGACGAGCUUGGGAUAUUAAAAAACGGACGGUAUAACCCAAUAUGGGCGGAAGGAGAGAGGUCAGACGAAUUCUACAGCAGCAGUAGCGCCAGCAAAAGCAAAUCUCCACCAUCUUAUCCUCAAAGAGUUUCACCCGAGAUUCUCACAAACCGGAAAUCCUUUAGGAGCUUGAAAGCAUCGCCAAGUCCGAGUUUGGAUUCUGAACUUGAGUCUUCAUUGGACGAUAUUUCGGCCUCUUCUUCUUCUUCUUCUUCUUCUUCAUCUUCUACGGAAUCUGAAGCCGAAACCGAGGAAAAUAACAAAAAGAUGGCUUUGUUUGAGCCUAGACAGAAACAAAUCAAAAAACAAAAGUGGCCCAUUUCUGCGGAAUCCAGUUGUCGCGUCCCUGACAGACUCAUGGCAGAUUUUGAUAACCUUCCUGGUGGUGGAAAGCAUACACCUCCCAAGGACUUUGUCUGCCCCAUUACUAGCAAUCUCUUUGAUGAUCCGGUGACCCUCGAAACGGGUCAGACAUAUGAGCGUAGAGCUAUCCAGGAAUGGCUUGAGAGAGGGAACUCUACGUGCCCAAUAACCCGCCAGAAGCUGCAAAUUAACAAGUUGCCUAAAACAAACUAUGUUCUCAAAAGGCUUAUCGCAAGCUGGCAAGAACAGAACAUCUGUUCUGUUCCAAACCAGUCUGAGAAUCCACAGCCUGAGUCUGAGCCGAACAUGAAAUCAGUAAUGCCCUCAUCUUCUCCCAAUAGUGUCAUAAGCCAAGCUACCAUUGAUGGAACAAUGAGUGAGUUGCGACUUGCUAUUACCAAUCUUUGUAUGUCUGAAGUCCUGAAGGAGUCUGAAAUGGCUGUCCUCCAAAUCGAGCGGUUCUGGCAGGAAGCGAAUAUGGAUGUGGAUAUCCAUUCUAUGCUUUCAAGGCCAGCAGUUGUUAAUGGGUUUGUGGAGAUCCUUUUCAAUUCAGUCGAUCCUAGGGUGUUGAAAGCUACUAUUUUUCUCCUCUGUGAGAUGGGGUCCAAAGACAAAGAUGUGAUCCAGACACUUACCCGAGUUGACACUGAUGUGGAAUGUAUUGUUGCUCUCUUCAAGAAGGGAUUGAUGGAGGCUGUUGUGUUGAUAUAUCUGUUAAGGCCUUCAACAGCUAGUCUAGUAGAGAUGGACAUGGUCGACUCCCUCCUAAAAGUUAUUAAGAAACAAGAGGGGGAUUCGCUUCAAAUGUGUUUGAAGCCGAAAACAGCUGCUGUGCUUUUAUUGGGACAGAUGCUUGGAAGCGGGGAGGAAAGUAUUGGAUCAUCAAUGGCCAACACUCUGAUUUCUGAGAAAAUGAUAGAAAAUAUUGUUUGCAGUCUGGGAGCUGACUGGGCAGAAGAGAGAAUUGCUGCGGUUGGGAUCUUAUUGAGAUGCAUGGAAGAGGAUGGGAAGUGCAGGAACACAAUUGCUGAUAAAGCUGAUUUAGCUCCGAUUAUGGACAGCUUCACGGGUGCAAGUGAUGCAGAGCGGUUUGAGAUAGUUCGAUUUCUCUCCGAGUUAGUUAAGUUAAACAGGAGGACUUUGAACGAGCAAGUUCUCCACAUCAUGAAGGAAGAAGGUGCUUUCAAUACAAUGCACACCCUCCUCGUUUAUUUACAGACUGCUCUCCAAGACCAGUGCCCUAUUGUGGCUGGUCUCCUUCUCCAACUUGAUCUACUGGUGGAACCAAGAAAGAUGAGUAUAUAUCGGGAAGAAGCAAUGGACACUCUCAUUUCAUGCCUCAGAAAUUCAGAAUUUCCAACUGCCCAAUUAGCAGCAGCAGAGACAAUUAUGUCAUUACAGGGGAGGUUCACUUCCUCUGGUAAACCCCUUACCCGUGCUUUACUUCUUAAACGUGCUGGUCUUGGCAAAAGUUAUCAAAGUCUCAUGCGAAUGGAGCAGCUCAGAAAUAUUCCUGGAGAAUCUGAAGAAACUACGCCACAGGAAGAGGAGAAGGCAGCUGAUGAUUGGGAAAGAAAAAUGGCAUUUGUUUUGGUAAGCCAUGAGUUUGGUCUACUGUUUGAGGCUUUGGCGGAAUGUAUAAAGAGCAGAUAUGCCUCGUUAUGUUCAGCAUGCUUUGUCUCAGCAACAUGGCUAAUACAAAUGCUAAAUGUUCUUCCGGACACGGGCAUACAAGGAGCAGCCCGUGUCUGUUUGCUCAAGCGCUUUGUAUCAAUAUUCAAAUCUGCAAAGGACGUUGAAGACAAAGCCCUUUCAUUGCUUGCUCUAAGCGUAUUCAUCCAUGAACCUGAGGGGCUGUGCGACCUAACGUCCUCCAUGAAGGAAAUUAUGAAAGGUCUGAGAGAACUUAAAAAGUUGUCACCCUUGGCAUCUCAAAUGUUGAAAGUUUUCUGCAAAGGAAGUGGCUCUUGUUCUCAGGACUUCUGGAAUCAUAAAGAAUUAGUUCAAGUAGACUGCAGCGAGAAUGGAGAAGUUCUGUCAAUAGCAUGCUUCAAAGACAAGAUAUUUUCUGGCCAUUCAGAUGGAACUAUAAAGGUCUGGACUGGUAGAGGUAGCAUUCUUCAUCCUAUCCAAGAGGUUCGAGAGCACACCAAAGCAGUUACGGCUUUAGCAAUUUUGCAGCCUGGAGAGAGACUAUACAGUGGUUCACUAGAUAGAACAACAAGGGUUUGGUCUGUUGACAAUGAAGCAAUGCAUUGUGUGCAAGUACAUGAUAUGAAGGAUCAGGUUCAUAAACUAGUUGUUGCCAAUAGCAUUUCAUGCUACGUUCCACAGGGAGCUGGUGUCAAGAUUCACUCAUGGAAUGGAGGAUCCAAGUCUUUAAAUACAAGUAAAUCUGUCAAGUGCUUGGUGCUUGUACGCGGAACACUAUAUUGUGGAUGCCAUGACAAUAGCAUCCAGGAAAUUGAUUUGGCAACAGAAACACUCAGUACCAUUCAGAGUGGUUCAAGAAAACUAUUAGGAAAGGCAAAUUCUGUCAACGCACUUCAAGUUCACAAUGGACUGAUAUAUUCGGCUAGCUCUCCCUUAGAUGGAGCAGCUGUGAAGAUAUGGAAUGCUUCAAAUCAUAGUAUGGUCGGAUCGUUGCCAACGGUGUUAGAUGUGCGGUCUAUGGCCAUAAGCUCGGAGUUAAUCUAUCUAGGAUGCAAGGGAGGAAUCGUCGAAAUAUGGGGUAGGGAGAAGAACAACAGAGUGGAAACGCUACAGAGUAGCAAAAAUGGCAAGGUGAAUUGCAUGACACUUGAUGGUAAUGAAGAAGUUUUGGUAAUUGGAACAGCAGAUGGCCAGAUUCAGGCAUGGGGACUCAGCUAGAAAUUAUAUGAGGAGCUAUAUAUGAACUUUGGAGAACAGUUUAGGCUAAAAUAAUGACUGAAUUAAGCUAAAAACAACUUGUAUUCUUUGCACCUUCUAAUUAAUAUAUAGUACAUAAUAAAUAUCAAAAGCUAGCUUUGGUAAUUUCAAUAUUUGUUGCCUUUGAGAUUUAUUCCUGAAAAUGUAUAUAGCUCGAACGAAAUAGUGGAAUAUUUUUCAGAUGCAGUCCCUUCAAUUGUAAGAUCUGUCUGUCUGCAGCACUGUA